UUCACAGGUCCAACAAAAAGCAGUGGAGAGUGACAGAUUAUAAUGACUCACCUUCACCAACUACCAAAAGCUGGGAUAUUCAAGAGCUGAGAUUCUUUCCAGGCAGUGGCAGACAUUCUUGUAGUCCUAGGAAAACAACACAGACCACUUUCUAAAUGAUGGCAGAACAUGGAGCCCCCUGUGACGGGCAGGAAGUUACUUAUUGCAUGAAUGGAGGGACGUGCUACAGAAUAUCUUCUAUGAACACUCUCUCCUGCGUGUGCAAUGAGGAUUACAAAGGCAGCAGAUGUGAAGAGUACCAGCUCCAGGUCAAGCACACCAAUGUUCAGGAGGCAGGUUUAAUUGCUGCUGUGGUCAUUAUCGCCCUCCUCGUCUUAGCGUUGCUUGGACUUGUCAUCUUCUACGUACGCAGGAUGAUGAAAGCCAAGCAGCAGAGCCAGCAGAAAAAUCAGCACGAGUACUGGAAAGUCAAACCACGUGUGUAAUUCUGUACAUAUUGGCUUUCUCUUGUGUUCGGGACGGGAUGAGGA